GCAAAAGUAAGGAAGCGGAGAUAAAGAGGAUAAAUAAAGAACUAGCAAACAUUCGGUCAAAAUUUAAAGGUGACAAGGCUCUGGAUGGUUACAGUAAGAAAAAAUAUGUCUGCAAACUGCUUUUCAUCUUUCUCCUGGGGCAUGACAUUGACUUUGGUCACAUGGAGGCUGUAAAUCUGCUCAGUUCCAAUAGAUACACAGAGAAACAAAUUGGAUAUCUCUUCAUCUCCGUACUAGUGAACUCCAACAGUGAGCUGAUUCGCUUAAUAAACAAUGCAAUCAAGAAUGAUCUGGCCAGCCGCAACCCCACCUUCAUGGGGCUUGCUCUGCACUGUAUUGCUAAUGUGGGUAGCCGGGAGAUGGCGGAAGCAUUUGCUGGAGAAAUUCCAAAAAUACUUGUAGCUGGAGAUACUAUGGAUAGUGUGAAGCAGAGUGCUGCCUUGUGCUUGCUGCGUUUAUACAGAACUUCUCCUGACCUUGUCCCCAUGGGAGACUGGACGUCUAGAGUGGUGCAUCUCCUCAAUGAUCAGCACUUGGGUGUGGUUACUGCAGCUACAAGUCUGAUCACCACUUUAGCACAGAAGAACCCAGAAGAGUUUAAAACUUCAGUCUCCUUGGCAGUGUCUAGAUUAAGCAGAAUUGUAACUUCUGCAUCAACAGAUCUUCAGGACUAUACAUACUACUUUGUUCCUGCUCCUUGGUUAUCUGUGAAACUUCUGAGGCUGUUACAGUGCUAUCCACCUCCAGAAGACCCUGCGGUACGUGGGCGUCUAACAGAAUGCCUGGAAACUAUUCUUAACAAAGCACAGGAGCCACCGAAGUCAAAAAAAGUACAACACUCAAAUGCAAAGAAUGCGGUGCUGUUUGAGGCAAUAAGCUUAAUUAUACAUCAUGACAGUGAGCCAAAUCUACUAGUCCGUGCCUGUAACCAGCUAGGUCAGUUCUUGCAGCACCGAGAAACUAAUUUGCGUUACCUAGCACUGGAAAGCAUGUGCACGCUUGCCAGCUCUGAAUUCUCACAUGAGGCUGUGAAAACACACAUAGAAACAGUUAUCAAUGCAUUGAAGACUGAGAGAGAUGUAAGUGUACGACAAAGAGCUGUAGAUCUCCUGUAUGCCAUGUGUGACCGAAGCAAUGCCCAGCAGAUUGUGGCUGAAAUGCUGAAUUACUUGGAGACUGCUGAUUAUUCCAUUAGAGAAGAAAUCGUUCUGAAAGUAGCAAUUCUAGCUGAGAAGUAUGCAGUGGAUUAUACCUGGUAUGUGGAUACAAUCUUGAAUCUGAUUCGCAUUGCUGGUGACUAUGUCAGUGAAGAAGUGUGGUAUCGAGUUAUUCAGAUUGUCAUCAACAGGGAUGAUGUUCAAGGGUAUGCAGCAAAGACUGUUUUUGAGGCCCUUCAAGCUCCAGCGUGCCAUGAGAAUCUUGUAAAAGUAGGUGGCUACAUCUUGGGAGAAUUUGGAAAUCUGAUAGCAGGUGAUCCAAGAUCAAGUCCCCUCAUCCAGUUCAACUUGCUACAUUCCAAGUUUCAUCUGUGUAGUGUUCCUACCCGAGCUCUGCUUCUGUCUACCUACAUCAAGUUUGUGAACCUGUUUCCAGAAAUCAAAACUACAAUUCAAGAUGUAUUGCGCAGUGACAGUCAGCUAAAGAAUGCUGAUGUUGAGCUGCAGCAGAGAGCUGUUGAGUAUUUGAGGCUCAGUACUAUUGCCAGUACUGAUAUAUUGGCUACAGUGCUGGAAGAAAUGCCUCCCUUUCCAGAGCGGGAAUCUUCUAUUUUGGCUAAACUCAAGAAGAAGAAAGGCCCAGGCACAGUUACUGACCUGGAAGAGAUCAAAAAGGAGAGGAGCUCUGAUAUGAAUGGAAGCGCUGAACCUGCCUCUGUUAAUGCUAGUGCUGUUUCUACUCCUUCUCCAUCUGCGGAUCUGCUGGGUCUGGGUGCUGCCCCUCUCACCAAUUCAGCUCCUCCACCUUCCUCUAGUGGUAGCCUGCUGGUGGAUGUAUUUUCAGAUUCAGCUUCUGCGGUUGCACCUCUUGCUCCUGGUUCUGAUGACAACUUUGCGAGCCCUGACCUGGCUUCAUCUGAGGUAGUUUCUGAGGAACCAGCUGAUACUGUGCAUGAUGCUGAUGAGCUUUUUCACAAGUUUGUGUGUAAAAAUAAUGGAGUCUUAUUUGAAAAUCAGUUGCUACAAAUAGGAUUGAAAUCUGAAUUUCGACAGAACCUGGGACGUAUGUUCAUAUUCUAUGGUAAUAAGACAUCAACACAGUUCUUGAAUUUUACUCCAACAGUAAUCUGCUCAGAUGACCUACAGUCAAAUAUCCUUAUUCAGACAAAACCUGUUGACCCCACAGUGGAUGGAGGUGCACAGGUUCAACAGGUUGUGAACAUUGAAUGUGUGUCAGACUUUAUGGAAGCUCCAAUCCUGAACAUUCAAUUCAGGUAUGGUGGAACAUUUCAAAAUCUUUCGGUAAAAUUACCCAUCACGCUGAAUAAAUUUUUCCAGCCAACAGAGAUGUCUUCUCAAGACUUCUUUCAGCGUUGGAAACAACUGAGCAAUCCGAAACAAGAAGUACAGAACAUCUUCAAGGCAAAACACCCGAUGGAUGCAGAGAUCACAAAAGCGAAGAUAAUUGGCUUUGGAUCAGCCCUACUUGAGGAGGUAGAUCCCAAUCCUGCUAACUUUGUUGGUGCUGGUAUCAUACAUACAAAAACUACUCAGAUUGGAUGCUUGCUGCGCCUUGAACCCAACCUUCAGGCACAGAUGUAUAGGCUCACACUACGAACAAGUAAAGAAGCUGUAUCUCAGAGAUUAUGUGAAUUGCUGUCAGAACAGUUUUAAUAUUAACCAUGUCAGUUUUGGUUUUUCCAUUUAUAUCACUGUCAUCAUACUGCAAAUAAAUGUCUUGUACAUCACUGUCCGAGUACUGCAAUGUUAACCAAUACCAGCUCCCUGCCUUAAUAGGACUUGACCCUUGUUUGAAGUUAAGGCUAUAAAAUGUACAGUACAGGGAAGCGACUUUUUACAUUAAAAAUGGCUUUUAGUAUGUUA